AUGCGCCUCUCUUCCUACCAUUCCGCUCCCUCCUCGUUCCACCUCCCACCUAUCAAUCACAGCCACCAUCCGUCCCCACCAAUCAGUUCCAAGUUCACAGGUAACCGCACACUUUAUCCAAUCAGCUCGAAGGUUACGGCUGUUCCCCGCCUAUCACUGCGUCCGAUCGUCUGAUCAAACCCCGCCCCGAGAGCAAUGGCCGACUUCGCACUGUGUAAGGAGCAGCGACUGAGAUCUGGGGCUGAUGCUAGUAGGAAGGGCCGAGUGGACGCGCCCAUCGUUGAGCUGCUGGAACUGGUGAACGGCUCGGAGCGGUACUGCAGCACCAGCUCCUGCUCAGGCCGCCUGUUGCUGCUGGGGGGCUCUGACCAGACAGAAGGACAGAAAAAGAACUGCCCCUGGUUGUUUGUGACCCACCAGAAAUGUCGGAAAGAAGAUGUGGUUUCAGGGUUACAGAAAGCUGAAGACAAUGCAGUGUUUAAGUUUGAGCCUUUUGUUCUUCACGUCCAGUGCAGGCAGGUGGAGGAUGCACAGCUCCUGCAUUCCAUUGCCAUAAACUCUGGCUUCAGGAACUCUGGGAUCUCAAUCAGCAAGAAGGGGAAAGUCAUGAUGGCCAUUCGCAGCACCCACUGUCUGGAGGUUCCUCUGUGUCAUGAAGGAUCGGUGUUGGUGAGUGACGAGUACAUCGAUUACCUGGUGCAAGUGGCUAAUCGGAAGAUGGAGGAAAACCAGAGAAGGAUAGAGAGGUUUCAUGCCAGCCUUCAAGCCCUCAUGGCCUCCAGUGUUCCACCCCAGGAGCCCAGCGGGGUGACUGGCAAUGCUGCCAUCGUCUACACCCGCAGGAGGCGACGGGGGGCCGCAGCGGGGCAGCGGCAGCACCGAGGGCCAACGGAUCAGAGUGAUGAUGAAGGUGACCUUGGGAUUCUGAUGGACCCCAGGUGAUCGUGACUCGUACCUAAGGAAAGCAGGGUGCUGGUCUGCAGUCGGAAUCUCGGCCGGUAACCUCAGAUGUAAUCUUCCCUUGACAGCCGCGCAACUUAACCACUGCUGGAGUGCUGGUUUGUUUUAUACCACUUUUGUGAAGUGAAUUCUAUCUCUGCUUUUUUCUAAAUCAGCAGCAUAUAUCGCUAUGAUGAUUGUACGUUCUAGUAUCAAUUGUUUGGCGACAAUAAAGUAUAAAGUAUA